AUGCAACGCCUGCCUGUAUUUCUGUGGCUAGCAUACCUGUCUACCGGCGUGCUUGGCAAGAACUUCCACCAGCAUAACCUGCAGAAGAGGAGUAGACAUGUCGAGCGAAGAGCCUCCGUUUCGUCGAACGACACAAGCUCAUUCAGAUACUACAGCAACUCGACCGAGCGUCCCUUUCGACAUCGGCGAGAUGUACGCUGGCUGAUCUCGAUCGACAACGGGUCAACGGACUCCUUGUUCUUCAUCUUCCAGCCCACCAUUGGCGAGCCCGUGGACGAGAUCACCAUCUACCUCAAUGGCGGGCCUGGCUGGAGCUCAUUUGAGUCGUUCUUCCAGGAGAUCGGGAGGUUCACGUGGCAGCCGGGAACUAUGCCCCGGGUCGACCAACCGAUCGGUACAGGCUACUCACCGGGGAAACCGACCGCGACCACCCUCGAACAGACCAGCACGGACUUCGUCAACUUCUUCCAAAACUUCGAAAAGACCUUCGGCAUCAGCGACUACAAAAUCUACGUCACCGGCGAAUCCUACGCCGGCCGCUACAUUCCUUACAUCGCCUCAGCCAUGCUCGACAAGAACGACACCACCCUCUUCAACGUAUCCGGCGCACUGCUCUAUGACCCCUGCAUCGGCAACUGGGACUUUACGCAACAAGAAGUCCCCGUCGUCCCCUUCGUGCGCGAGAACAACAACGUCAUGGGCUUCAACGAAUCAUUCCUGUCGCACCUCGAAACCCUCCACGAAUCCUGUGGCUACGCAGACAUCAUCUCGACCUACCUCACUUACCCACCGCCAGGGAACCAGCCUGCCGUAUUCUUCAACUCCUCCUCGCCCUCCAACUCCUCUUGCGCGCUUUGGGAGGCCCUCGAUCACAGCGCAUUCGCGUACAACCCGUGUUUCGACGUCUACGACGUCACCGCACAAUGUCCCCUGUUGUGGGACGUCCUCGGACACCGCACUCAAUUCGACUAUAUACCCGAAGGAACAAUUCCCUACCCAAAUCGAAGCGACGUCAAAGCCGCACUGCAUGUCCCAGAGGACACCAACUGGUACCUAGAUCAGCACUUCAACGUAUACGUCGCCGACGACGGCAGUGGCGGGCCCGAGAUGGCAGGCGAGACGAGUCUGGACCCAAUUCAGUACACUUUGCCGCGGGUCAUCGAGGCGACGAAUCGCGUCCUGGUCUCAAAUGGGGAUCUGGACAUGAUCAUCUUGACCAACGGAACUCUGCUCGCGAUCCAGAAUAUGGUAUGGACUCCCCCCCCAAGACACCCGCUCAUCCAAGCCAAGCCAUCCCACGUCCAACCCCUUCCUACUGCCGCCUCCUUACUAACACCACAAAACCCACAGACAUGGAAUGACAACCUCGGCUUCCAAUCCGCACCCAACCAGUCCCUAGUGAUUCAAACGCCCGACCUCGAAUACGAAGCAGUAUUCGCCGCCUCACACCAAAAGGGCCGCGACUUGCAACCCCAGGGAACAGUCGGCCAAUGGCAUUACGAGCGUGGACUGAUGUGGGUGCAGAGCUACCAGGGUACGCACACGCAGCCGGAGAGCCAGCCGCGGGCGGCGCUCGAGCAUCUGCGUUGGGUGUUGGGAAGAGUUGACAGUUUCUGA